AGCCGUUUCACAUCCAUUACAUAUGUACUAUGUUAAGUCUUGUCUAUGAGACCAGGUUGCAACACAACACCUUCUGACAAAAUCCACUCUUGCCAGAUCGUGACUAUGUUUGCACUGCGCACAGCACAGCUGUUGUGAGCGCAAGCCCCACCAAGUACAUGUUAUUGACCGACAAUCUGAAGCUGUGGUAGGCGUUACCUCUCUAAAAGUCCUGCAUCAUCCCCGUGACAUGCUUCACUUUUGUUUUUUGUGAACUGUUAGUUCAAGUUGUUCUCUCCUUGCUCAGGGAAUGCAGCCAUUUAAAUAAACUGUCUGUUAUAUACUGGCUUUUUAUAGUAUAAGUCUCUCCCCCGUCUCUCCAAUGCUACUGGGACUACUGAAUGAUCGGCUAUUUUUAUUUUUAGUUGAACCUUUAUUUAACUACAGAACACGGUUUAUGUGACAUGGAUUUGCACCUGGGAGGGAUAUUUCUAGAGAAUAGCACCUAUAGCUACGAUGGGGACUAUGUUUAUAAAGAGGAAUGCUCCCCUGAAGAUGGCGUUGGAGUGCGUUUUGGCACGGUGUUCCUCCCAAUGCUCUACUCCCUGACGCUGGUCCUGGGGCUAGUGGGUAACGUGCUGGUCCUGGUGGUUCUGGUCCAGAGGAGGCGGAGCUGGAGCGUGAUGGACACCUUCAUCCUGCACCUGGGCUUGGCCGACACCCUGCUGCUGGUCACCCUGCCCCUCUGGGCUGUUCAGGCCACUGGGGAAUGGAGCUUCGGGACCCCCCUCUGCAAGAUCACUGGAGCCAUAUUCACAAUCAACUUUUACUGUAGCAUCUUCCUGCUGGCCUGCAUCAUUCUGGAUCGCUACCUGUCGGUGGUCCACGCAGUCCAGAUGUACUCUUGCAGGAAGCCCUGGAUGGUGCAGGCCAGCUGCCUGUCCGUGUGGCUCCUCUCCAUCUUCCUCUCCAUCCCAGACUGGCACUUCCUGGAGUCUGUGAGGGACACCAGUCAAGACAAACAGAAGUGUGUCCACAAUUACCCGUCUCUCUCCCAGUCUGGGUUUGACUGGCGUCUGGUCUCCCGCCUGCUCUACCAUAUAGUGGGCUUCCUCCUCCCCUCUGCCGUGCUGCUCUUCUGCUACUCCUGCAUCCUGCUGCAGCUGCAGCGUGGCUCCCAGGGCCUCCAGAAGCAGAGGGCCGUCCGGGUCAUCCUGGCCCUGGUGCUGGUCUUCUUUCUCUGCUGGACGCCCUACAACAUCACCUUAAUGGUGGACACCUUUCAGGGGAGGCCUAGGGAGCCUGUUUCUGGAUCCUGUGAGAACGGGGGGACAGCUCUGGAGAACAGUCUGGUGGUUAUGUUCGCUCUAACCUGCCUGCACGCUUGCCUCAAACCAGUGCUCCAUCUCGGACUGUGUAGAAACUUCCGGCGACGCGUGCUGGAUAUGGUGAGGUGUGUUGAGGGGGUGCAGAACGAUCCGAAACUCUCACUAUGGGAUUCAGGUGUGGUUGAAGACUCACCUGACCAAGCAGAGGAGAUGGGGACGUUGAACCCAAUGACAACCAUGGGACAGGUACAGUCCACCCAGAGCUGAUGGGUAGGAAGAGGAUCCUAAUGACUAAUAUAGUAUGUCUUCAUGCCUUGAGGGGAAGUUGUAUGGGUCUGGGGACUGGUGGAUGACCGUAACCUGGGUCAUGGGUCUGGGGACUGGUGGAUGACCGUAACCUGGGUCAUGGGUCUGGGGGCUGGUAGAUGACAGUAACCUGGGUCAUGGGUCUGGGGGCUGGUAGAUGACAGUAACCUGGGUCAUGGGUCUGGGGGCUGGUAGAUGACAGUAACCUGGGUCAUGGGUCUGGGGGCUGGUGGAUGACCGUAACCUGGGUCAUGGGUCUGGGGGCUGGUAGAUGACCGUAACCUGGGUCAUGAGAGAAAGACAUGCAUAGUAGAAAGCCCCUUAUGAGGACUGCUUUCUUUUGAAUUGCACUUUAAUGGAUAACGCUCAGACUAAAUGUAUAUUUGUAUAAAGUCAGUGGGUUGUCUGAUCUUCACGUUUUGUUUUACCUAUCGAUGUCGUCCGGCUCUGUAGAAUCUGUUGGAAAGAUUCAUGCAUGAAUUAUUCAAACCUAUAUAUAUUGUAUUAUUAUUUUUACAGAGCACUUCACUGAAUGUAAUGGAUUUUAGAGUAAACAAUGUUCUCAGCAGACACAUACAUCAUACAUUUAGAUUUUUACACUCCCCUACAUAUUUAUUUGGAAUGUGAAGCUAAGACAUUUUAUUUGGCUCUAUACUCCAGCAUUUUGGAUUUGAAAUCAAAUGUUUUUAAUUAGGCGAUGGUACAGCAUGUCACCUUUUAUUUGAGGGUGUUUUCAUACCUACUUGUUUUACUGUUUAGAAAUGAAUGCUCUUUAUGUAUCUAGUCCCCCUAUUAGAAGGUGUCAUAAGUAUUUGGACCAAUUCACUUCAGUGUGUUAAAUUUACGUAGUCAAAAGUUGAGUAUUUGGUCCCAUAAUUCUAGCACACAAUGACUACAUCAAGCAUGUGACUCUACAAACUUGUUGGAUGCGUUUGCAGUUUGUUUUUGUUGUGUUUCAGAUUAUUUUGUGCCGAAUAUAAAUUAAUGGUAAAUAUUGUAUUGUGUCAUUUUGGAGUCACCUUUAUUAUAAAUAAUAAUAAAAUGUGUUUUCUUCUAUAUUAAAAUGGCUACCAUGAUUACGGAUAAUCCUGAAUCAAUCAUGAUUAAUGAUAGGUAAGAAAGUUACAGAUCAUGCCCCCAAGACAUGCUAACCUCUCGCCAUUACCAAUAACAGGGUAGCAUAGGAUUUUUUUAGGAAUAUGAUAUUUAUAUAUCUGUAACUUUCUCACUCAAUAUUAUUCACGAUUCAUUCAUAAUUAUCUGUAUGAAGAAAUCCCAACAUUUUCUCACAGAAUAUUACAUUUUAGUAGGACUUGUAUAUCCUACUGUUCUAUUGUGUAACUAUAAUGUUAUAUUAAACAAGUAUAUCCUGU